UCCCUAUCAGGGAUGCCACCUAGAGGUAAAGGAAAAUCAGCAUACGCAGAUAAAUCCUUGAUUAAACCAUACCUUUGUCCCAAGGGAGUGACUGCUAUCAUAGGUAAGUUAUCAAGUCCCUGAAUAGACUAAUAUAUCUGUCUUUGAUUUAAAGGGAAUGGAUACGUGACAGUUUAGUUCAUAUAUAUGCUGUCGUAUAUUUUUUAAUACAUUUUAAAUUAAUUUUUUCUUUCAGAUAAGGCUUUGCAAUUCCAGAAGAUAAAACACUGGCGUCCAAAGAAAGAUUCCAGUCAAAUUAGGCAAGCAAUGGCUGUACGAAUCAACGAAGUAGCGAGUCAGUAUGCUAAAGAAAAAUCAAAAUAACUAUGAUUAAACUAUGAUUUUUCUUUUUAUCGUUAUUUUUGCAAAUCAUUCCUUAUCUAAUCAUUAUUUUUCAUUAUUAUUUUAAGCAAAAGCUGGCAGUUUUUGUCUUAUGGACUAUAAUAACUUUGUUUAGCUCUUGAUCAUUUUACAGUUAAAUAACUUUAGUCCCCGCAGUGGAGGAGCGCCACGUUGGUACUCCUUCAGAAGGAGGGGAAGGAUGUCUCUCUCCCGUCGGCGUAUAGGCCUAUAUGCCUUCUGGACGAGGCGGGCAAGCUGUUUGAGCGCUUGCUCGUUAACCGCCUCGCCCAGCACCUGUCCCAGACGGGCCCCAACGUCAGCGGGGCCCAGUUUGGAUUCAGAGAGGGCCUGUCAACGGUGGACGCGAUCAAACACGUUCAGGCCCUCUCUGAGGAGAUGACGUCCCGGGGGGGGGGGGGAUGUUGGCUGUAUCCUUGGAUAUUUCCAACGCUUUCAACACCCUCCCCUGGAGACAUAUCAGGGAGUCGCUCCGACGCCACGGGGUACCGCCGUACCUCAUUCGCGUCGUGAGCGACUACCUAAGGGACAGGUGGGUCGAAUACAUCGACCAAGGCGGAGUACGCCGGCGGGAGAGACUGCGCCGAGGAGUGCCCCAGGGUUCCGUGUUGGGACCAUUCCUUUGGAAUCUGGGGUAUGACUCGGUGCUACGAGUUCCCCUCCCCCCCGACUGUCACGUCGUCUGCUAUGCAGACGACACACUUGUGACGGCCGGGGGCUGCAAUUGGAGUGAGUCCCUCUCCAGAGGAGAGGUGGCAGUGGGAGCGGUCAUAGGCUCCAUCCGCAGUCUGGGCCUCGAGGUGGCACUUGGCAAGACCGAGGCCGUGAUGUUCCACGACGGAGCACACGGCAGGGCUUGGAAAAAGCCACCCGAGGGACUAUCCCUGACUGUGGAUGCAACCCUCGUCGGGGUCAGUCACGAGAUGAAGUAUCUCGGACUGACGCUCGACGACCGAUGGAGCUUUGAGAGCCACCUUGCCGGAGCGGCCGUACACGCUCGGGAGCGGGCGACCACGCUUGGUCGUCUUCUCCCCAACCUGGGCGGCCCGGACGGCAAGGUGCGUCGGCUGUACGCAAAUACGGGUCAGUUCGGUAGCGCUCUACGGGGCCCCAGUUUGGGCCCCGAAACUCGCGGCAUCGAGGCAUGCGCGCGCCAAGAUGGCGCGUGCCUUUCGCCCGAUUGCCGGGAGGAUCGCGAGAGCCUACCGGACCGUUGCGUACAACGCGGCGGCGGUGAUCGCCGGUCUCCCCCCAAUGGAGAUCGUGGCGGAGGAACAUUACGAUAUGUUCCUCGAAAGCCGCGACUCAGGGGGGAGGCCGAUCAGAUGGGCGGCGAACCACCGUGCUCGGCAAAGACUCCGGCACCGGCGGCGCGCAAUCGCCAAAUGGCGAGAGGUGUUAGUAGCCUCGGGGAACAACACCCCGGGGCUGCGCGUCGUCGGGGCAAUCGGGCCCCUCCUCGACCAAUGGGUCGAUAGAGGAUGGGGCGGGUUGUCCUUCCGGAUGACUCAGGUGUUGACUGGCCACGGGUGCUUCGGCCACUACCUGAGUCGGAUCGGAAGGGAGCAGACUCCCGGCUGCCACCACUGUGAGGCCGUGGACGACACUGCCCAGCACAUGCUGGCAGAGUGCCCCGCGUGGGCGGACGAGCGGGCAGUGCUCGUCCACGAAGUAGGGCAGGACCUCUCCCUUCCAGCGGUGAUUGCCGCCAUCCUGGAGGAAGAGAGGUCCUGGCAUGCAUUUGCCUCCUUCUGCGAGAGAGUCCUCUCACAGAAGGAGGCGGCGGAGCGUGAGAGGAGGGGUGAGGUGCCCCUUCUCCGCUCGCCACAACGACGGCGGCGGCAGCGUCCGGCACGCGGACGUCAACCGCGGGCCCGGCCUGCUGCGGGGGAUGGAGCGGGGACCAGUGGAGGACGAGCAGGCGGGGGAACACUAUCACCCCCAGCCUCCCCCCCGUUGACGCGGAGCAGAGCGAGAUUGCUCGCCCGCGCCUCUGCUCCCGCUCCGCCCCCCACCUUGUUGCCGCCUGUACCGCCAUGA